CUGCCCUGUAUGAUUUUCUUGAUUUAUUUAAUUCCUUCCUUCUGAUGACAACUCAAGAUGAAUGUUACUCACAGCUUCACUGGAGACAUGGAGGCCGACACACAUUUUGAAGCACACACACACACACAUACGGCCGAGUGAAAUUGGAAACAUACGGCAUGACUAAGCCUGCAGAGGCCGCGUUUGGAUUUGGCGGUGCAGGGUGGGGGGCAGGGAGAAAGGAGAGGGAGAGAGGUGAAAGUGGGAGGGGCUGACAGACUUAAAGGGAGCAGAAAACACUUUCACUUUCAGGCUGGCUACCCCCUGUCAGAGCUCUCAGACAGUCCUGCCCAGAGGGUGAGAGAGAGAGCUGGUCUGUUUCUCUCGCUCUGUCCAUUAGCUAAUUUAAAGGGGGAGAAAACAGUGAUUUGAAUUAGAGGUCAGGAAUAUCCUGGGUCAACAGGGAAAUUGAAAGGGAGAAAGCGAGAAAAAGUGAAAGGCUGACAGGCUUUGACUGGAAGUGGGAAAAUCCUGUGAGAGGGUUCUGCAGGAUUACGUUAGAGGAAAAGGGGGUUGAAGAGAUCUGGAAAGUACCAAAGAGACAAAAGAAGGAAUUCAAAAAGAGAUGGUCAACAGAGUUGGAUACUGAACAGUAGAGGAGGAAUAUACAGAGUACAGAUUCUCUGUCACAAGUCAGAAACUACGGGGGAAACUUUGCCUUCUCUGACCAGAGGACCAGAGGACUUAUGUGAUAAGCAUAUUGCAUGCUUUCAACCACAGAAAUGGAGAAGUGGCCUUACUUUGGAAGAUAAAAGGAUGUCACCAUCAGUUUUACUGUUGCUAUCAAUACUGACAGUCCAAGGUAGUGGAUGUGAAGACUUUUUGAAGGGUGUUGUCGAGAGCCUUAAAAGCACCAUUGACAAAGAACAUGCUGGAUUUCGUGAAAUGUUCCCUAAAGACUAUUGGAUUUCCCACCACUACAGUGAUAAUCUGCUGUGCAACACUGAUCCGUGUUGUGUUUUCCAGGCCGCCGCUGUCCUCUCUGACUCGUGGGCCCAGCUCCGCAGACAACUGUGGCCGGAGCACCAUAGCUUCAAGUUGAUCUCCGACCUUAUACAUGCUCUGGAUUACAGGGGUAUAACAAAAAAUAUAUUUGAGGAUCCCGAUGUCUCCAUUCUUCCCUACUUCUCCUCUUCUCCAGAGAAACUUCUCAACUUCACUUCAUCUGUUUUCUCUAGAUGGCUAGAGAUGGAGUGCUCAACCCCAGUGGACACUUGUUCCUUACCAACUCUGUCCCCUCCCGUUCAGGUGGAACAACCAGAAAAACACAAGUUAUUUAUUACCACACGUGCAAUUCACAGGCGACCCAGUGAGAAUGAAGGAGAAACAGGGAUGAGGUUAUACUACACACAGCCACCAAUCAAUGGGUGCCCAGCAUCCACACAGCUUCUUGGUUUUGUCUGGAGCCUUCUCUUUUUUUGUGGACUAAAUUGGAUACUACUGUAGAGCAGUUGCUGUGGUUACCUUAAGUGGAUCGACUCAAUGACGCACAGAAAAUGCAAAAAAAAGAUUGAAAAAUAAUCCCUGCUUUUUGACAAAAUAUGUCCUUUCGUUUCUGCAACAUUUUUUGGAGCAUCAGCCGUCUUUUCCCUCAUUCUGUCUGUCUUGGGUGUCCUAAUGCAGUAAGCUUUGUUGAAGUGACUGACAUGCACAAGUAAUUGCACUGAAUGUACAGCUGCAGAUUAAGAUAAUGUAUGGACUAACAAUGUCAAUGUACUGAUUGCUCAAGUGUUCUUUUAUCAUAGCCAUGAACCAUCAAUGCAUAUAUUUAAAACAUAGCCAUACAACAGUUAUAUUGGUAUAAAUAGCCAUGUUCAAGCUAACAAAACAGUAGCAAGUUAUAUACUGAAGAAGCUAAUCAACAAACUGUCAAUAGUCCAGUUUAAAUUGAAAAAUAUCAUGUUUACAAUGUGGUGGAAUGUAAAUCUUUUUUUUUUUUUUAUUAAUGUUUUUUUCUGUAAACUUUUGUACAUACUGCAUCUUGUAAAUAAAAAAACAUGCAGCCA